AUGGCUGAGAAGAAGCCCAACAUCCUCUACAUCAUGGCUGACCAGAUGGCGGCUCCCUUGUUGUCUCUGCAUGAUAAGGAUUCCCCAAUUAAGACACCCAACAUUGACAAUCUAGCACGUGAGGGCGUGGUCUUUGACUCGGCAUACUGCAACGCACCGCUGUGUGCCCCUUCGCGAUUUGUUAUGGUUAGUGGCCAGCUGCCGUCUAAGAUUGGCGCAUACGAUAAUGCUUCCGAUCUUCCCGCCGAUACCCCGACUUAUGCACACUAUUUGCGCAAUGAGGGUUACCACACUGCCUUAGCGGGUAAAAUGCAUUUCUGCGGCCCGGACCAGCUUCAUGGUUAUGAACAGCGUCUGACCAGUGAUAUUUACCCUGGAGAUUACGGCUGGUCCGUCAAUUGGGAUGAACCUGAGGUUCGCCUUGACUAUUACCACAAUAUGUCUUCGGUCAUGGAUGCAGGCCCCGUGGUACGAACCAACCAGCUGGACUUCGACGAGGAGGUUAUCUACCGCUCGGAACAGUACCUCUACGACCACGUGCGCCAUCGCGGAGACCAGCCUUUCUGCCUGACCGUCUCGAUGACCCACCCCCACGAUCCCUACGCGAUGACCAAGGAAUUCUGGGAUAUGUAUGAAGACGUCGACAUUCCGCUCCCCAAGAAUGGAAAGAUCCCUCAGGACCAGCUGGACCCUCAUUCCCAGCGCAUUCUCAAGUGCAUUGACCUGUGGGGCAAGGAGAUGCCCGAUGAUCGCAUUCGCGCCGCUCGUCGCUCCUACUUUGCUGCUUGCACAUACGUGGAUACCAACAUUGGCAAGCUUUUACGCGUGCUCAAGAACACCGGCUUGGAUGAGAACACGAUCAUUGUCUUCACUGGUGAUCAUGGCGACAUGCUCGGUGAGCGCGGAUUGUGGUACAAGAUGAGCUGGUACGAGAACUCCGCUCGUGUGCCUUUCCUUUUCCACUACCCCAAGAAGUUUGCCGCGAAGCGCGUGUCGGAAAACGUGUCAACCAUGGACCUUCUUCCCACUUUUGCCGGUCUGGCUGGUGCGCCCAUUGUCAAGGAACUGCCUCUCGACGGUGUUUCCCUCGUGCCGUAUUUGACUGGUGAGGACGGUCUCCGCACUGAUACAGUUUACGGCGAGUAUAUGGGAGAGGGCACUCAGGACCCUCUGGUGAUGAUUCGUCGUGGUCGCUGGAAGUUCAUCUACUCGGCCAUUGAUCCGCCCAUGCUGUACGAUCUGACCACCGACCCAGAGGAGCUGAACAACUUGGUUGCCGGCCUUCCCAUUCCCUCUACACAGUCCGGUGAUAACCUGAAUGUAUCCGGCCUCCCGACCCCCGGCGAGACCCCCCGCGCUUCACCCGUCCCCAGACGCGCAGCCGAAAGAUCUGCCGCAUACCCUUUCCCCUCGCCCACUCCCCCGCGCAGCCCAAGCCCUUCCAAAUACGGUUCUGCUCUCCCCGAGACAACCGAACCGGCCAAACUACUGGCCUUCUUCCUAGAAGAAACCCACUCGCGCUGGAACCUGGAGGCGAUCCGUCAAGAUGUUCUCCGCUCUCAACGCCGCCGUCGCCUUGUGUACUCCGCUUUGAUCAAGGGAACACCCACAAUGUGGGACCACGAGCCCCGCGUAGACCCAAGCAAGCAGUACGUGCGCAACCAAGGCCGCGGAGUCCUCGACGACAUCGAGUUCAUUUCACGCUGGCCCCGUGUCCUGUCCGCCGCAGCACACGCACAAGGCAUUUCCACAUCCACAUAA